AUGGUACAAAACGUCGACAACCUGUGCGAUAGUCUUAAACUGAAAUCCAGUUCCAAACAGAUUAUGCAAAACGCAAACGGGGAUAACAGCGAAAGUGAUGCGAAAAAUAGUGUCAAAAAUAGCAGUAAAAUAAUCGGCGAUACGAUCGACACAAAAACGGCAAACAAUAGCCUCAAUAGGCGCCGGAAUACCAUUCAAUACACUAGUGGCCCGGCUAUUGGUGCCGUGAAUGGCGUGAAAAACAAUAGUAAUAAUAAUAAUGCAAAUAAUCAUCACCUGAAUGGCGACCAGUUGUAUGCAUUGCAAGAGAUGUGCCAACAAUUCAAGAGAAUUAUCAAUCAAUUGGAGGACAAAAUAAUUGGUUUAGAGAAAGUCAAUAAAACACUUGAGAUCGACAACGAGACCCUGGCCUAUAAGCUAUCGGAGUCUCAAUCACAGAGCGAUCACUUGGAAAACCAAUUACUGAAACUCAGUGACAAAAAACGCCAAUCUCAGGACCUUAAGGAGGUCGAGGAGUAUUUAGAGCACGUAUGGAAACUAUCCAACGAUAGGCUCCGGCAGUUGGAGACCGAAAACAAAACACUGAAAAAGCAAAUCAUUAUUAAUACUCAUAAUAACGCUAAUAGUAGUAAUGAAUUGAAUGGAAAGCCAAUUAAUAGUAAUCAUAAUAAUGGCAGUAAUCAUACGCUAAGUAAUGGUUGUUCACCGGCACUGGUAUUCAAGCAAAACGUCGACAACCUGUGCGAUAGUCUUAAACUGAAAUCCAGUUCCAAACAGAUUAUGCAAAACGCAAACGGGGAUAACAGCGAAAGUGAUGCGAAAAAUAGUGUCAAAAAUAAUAGUAAAAUAAUCGGCGAUACGAUCGACACAAAAGCGGCAAACAAUAGCCUCAAUAGGCGCCGGAAUACCAUUCAAUACACUAGUGGCCUGGCUAUUGGUGCCGUGAAUGGCGUGAAAAACAAUAGUAAUAAUAAUAAUAAUAAUAAUGCAAAUAAUCAUCACCUGAAUGGCGACCAGUUGUAUGCAUUGCAAGAGAUGUGCCAACAAUUCAAGAGAAUUAUCAAUCAAUUGGAGGACAAAAUCAUUGGUUUAGAGAAAGUCAAUAAAACACUUGAGAUCGACAACGAGACCCUGGCCUAUAAGGGCUAG